GCCACUCCGGACCCGCACUGCUCGGUCCCGCGCCGCGCGCUCGAUCCGGCUCCGCGUCUCCCCCCGUGUGCCCAUCCCGCAGCCUCCUCCCCGCGCAGACAUGGCCUCAGGAGCCACCCCCCCAGCCGUGAAGAUUGGAAUCAUUGGUGGAACAGGCCUGGAUGAUCCAGAAAUCUUAGAAGGAAGAACUGAGAAAUAUGUGGAUACUCCAUUUGGCAAGCCUUCUGAUGCCUUAAUUUUGGGGAAGAUAAAGAAUGUUGAUUGCGUCCUCCUUGCAAGGCACGGGAGGCAGCAUACCAUCAUGCCUUCCAACGUCAACCAUCAGGCGAACAUCUGGGCCCUGAAGGAGGAGGGCUGUACUCAUGUCAUAGUGACCACAGCUUGCGGCUCCUUGAGGGAGGAGAUACAGCCCGGCGACAUCGUCAUUAUUGACCAGUUCAUCGACAGGACCACCACGAGGCCUCAGACCUUCUAUGAUGGGAGUCACUCCUGUGCCAGAGGAGUGUGCCACAUCCCAAUGGCUGAGCCGUUCUGCCCCAAAACGAGAGAGGUCCUGACAGAGACUGCUAAGAAGCUCGGACUCCGGUACCACUCCAAAGGGACCAUGCUCACGAUUGAAGGACCACGUUUUAGUUCACGGGCAGAGAGCAUCAUGUUUCGUGCCUGGGGGGCAGAUGUUAUCAACAUGACCACAGUUCCAGAGGUGGUUCUUGCUAAGGAGGCUGGACUUUGCUAUGCAAGUAUUGCCAUGGCAACAGAUUAUGAUUGCUGGAAGGAGCACGAGGAAGUGGUUUCGGUGGACCGGGUUUUAAAGACCCUGAAAGAAAAUGCCAACAAAGCCAAAAGUUUGCUCCUCACGACCAUACCUCAGAUAGGUUCCAUGGAAUGGUCAGAAACCCUCCAUAACCUGAAGAAUAUGGCCCAGUUCUCUGUUUUGUUACCAAGACAUUAAAAUAUAGCAUGACUUCCCAGAAGAUAAGACUUUCUAAUUCUAGUCGUUUGGGGAAGUCUUGCUUAGUCUGAAAAGCUUUCAUGCCCUUGCCCGCUAAGGAAGAACAUGUGCUAAGACCAUGCCCGUGUGAAAGAUACCUUCCGAAAGACAUGGACUGCUCCAAAAAACAGCGAAGCAAAUGACCAGUAAACAUGUGAAAAUUCCUAACCUUUAGAGAAAAGACAAGAAGAUACCAUUCACCCUUCCCCCAUUAAAUUCAUAACAGUAACAGGUGGGAGGUGCAGUUUCUUAUGUUGCCAAGGAUAUGAAGACAAAAUGGGACUAUUUAUUGGUGGCACUGUAAAUGUGUACAGUCUUUCUGGAGAGCGGUUUGGUAAAUGUACCAAAAGGCUUAAAAAUACUUAACACCCUUUUUGCUGGUUACUCUGCUCCUUUCAUCUUUAAAAAUUCAUCUUUAAAAAAUUAGAAAUAUGGUAGUGAAUGAUAACUGCAAAGAAUUAUGUGUAAAGAAGGAUGUUUUAUAUUGUGCCAGUUUUUAAUAGCAAAUUUUCAAAACAAUCUGAAUAUCCAAAAAUUAGAGAUAAAUUAUGGUUUAACUCUAAUAGAUUAUGAAGGGGCCAACUGAAGAUCAUGUUUUUAUGUAAUAUUUAAUGUCCUAAAGGAUUGGUUGCUGUAUAAUAUAAAAUGAAAAAAAGUGAGCAUUUUACAGUACUGAUUUUGUUUUAGAAUUCUACAUAAAUGCAAAAAAGACUAGGAAGACAUAAUCUUUUGUUAUAUUUUAGGGGUAUAUUGGAUCAUUUUUAAUUUUCUUUAUACUUUCCUGUCUACAUAUUUUUUCUACAUAAAUAUAAUCAAAGAGCAUAGUUGUUUUAAAAAUAAAAAUUACUGAGCAAGAUCCAGCAUUUAAAUACAUUAUUUCUGGUAAUGAAGCAAAAAUUAAGAUGGUAAUAAUAAAAGGAGUUCUUUUUGAGUUCCAUCUUUAUUUUAUAUAUAAAAAAAAGAUCAUUAACGACUUGAACAGUCAUCGAGAUACUUUGCAAACAACUUCGUGAGAAGAGCUGGGCAGUUAACAUUGAGAUAGUCUUAAGCUAUCGAAAAGACUACAUACACACAUUAUUGUGUGCCAGAUAUUUUUUAAAUUAACGUUUUAUUGUUAACUUUAAAGGAAUGGGCUUUCUUUUCUAUCAGAGGCAGAUCUUUUUUUCUCAGGAUCAUUAAUUUUCACUGUGGUCUAUUAUACAGGGUCCUUGAAUGAUGUAGCUUUCGUCUGUUCAAAGUCUGUAAAGUCAGCGUGUUUGUGUCUAUGAGACUGCCUUCAAGAUUAUAAGCUACUAAUUGUAAACAGUGAAAUAAACCCGUUACCCUCCAGCAUUAAUA